AGGAGACGCGCCCAUCCCCUGAAUCUACACAAUCGGUCGAGCCUUAUCGAAUUUCCCCAACUCAAGUUUGUGAGUAGGCUUGUGAGGUUCAUCAAGGACUCAAGCUGACUAGCCAUAGGCAAAUUUGGCAAUCCAAGCAUUCAACAUCCGAUAUCUAGUGGCCCUCGCGACGCACUCCGGCUGUCCGGCACUCGCUGUUACCACACGCUCCGGCCAAGCCAAGUCGCAGAUGCUCACCUCGUCGCUCCCGCCUCCCACCCUCCCGGGCUCCAAGCCCGCCACGAAGCCCAAACCGGCACCCGCCACCUCCAUCUCCACCGCGGCGACGGUAUCUGCCGACACAGCCGUCGGCGGGGGAAGCGGCCGCCUCUCCGCGCUCAUUCGCUCCCUCUGCGUAGCCGGCCGCACAGCCGACGCCGUGCGCGCCCUGGACGCUGCGGGCAACGCAGCCGGCGUCGUCGACUACAACGCCAUGGUUGCUGGCUACUGUCGCGUCGGCCAGGUCGAGGCGGCGCGCCGCCUCGCGGCCGCUGUCCCGGUCCCGCCCAACGCCUACACAUACUUUCCCGUCGUCCGUGGCCUCUGCGGACGGGGCCGGAUCGCCGACGCGCUCGCGGUGCUCGAUGAAAUGACAAGCAGGAGCUGCGUGCCCAUCCCGCCCAUGUACCACGUCAUCAUUGAGUCCGCGUGCAGGAGCGGCGGGUACAGUAGCGCUCUGAGGGUUCUUGAGGCGCUGCACGCCAAGGGCUCCACUUUAGACACUGGCAACUGUAACCUAGUCAUCAACGCCAUCUGCGAUCAAGGUUGCGUGGAUGAGGGAUUGGAGAUGUUGAGGAAGUUGCCCCUCUUCGGGUGUGAGGCGGACAUUGUCAGCUACAAUGCAGUUUUGAAGGGCUUGUGUGCCGCCAAGCGGUGGGGGGAUGUUGAGGAGCUCAUGGACGAGAUGGUCAAGGUGGAUUGCCCACCCAAUAUGGUGACGUUCAAUACUCUCAUUGGUUAUCUGUGCCGCAAUGGGUUGUUUGAGCAGGUGCACGAGGCCCUUUCUCAGAUGGCACAGCACGGCUGCACACCAGACAUAAGGAUGUAUGCAACCAUCAUUGAUGGGAUUUGCAAAGAGGGGCAUCACGAGGUUGCAAACGAGAUUUUGAGUCGGAUGCCUUCAUAUGGUCUCAAGCCCAAUGUUGUUUGCUACAAUACUGUGUUGAAAGGCAUAUGCAGUGCUGACAGGUGGGAGAAAGCUGAGGAGUUACUCACUGAGAUGUAUCAGAAGAAUUGCCCCCUGGAUGAUGUGACAUUCAAUAUACUUGUUGAUUUCUUUUGCCAAAAUGGGUUGGUCGACAGGGUGAUUGAACUUCUUGAACAGAUGUUGGAGCAUGGAUGCAUGCCAGAUGUCAUCACAUAUACUACGGUAAUCAAUGGCUUUUGCAAAGAAGGGCUUAUUGAUGAAGCUGUCAUGCUGUUAAAAAAUAUGCCAUCAUGUGGAUGCAAGCCAAACACCAUAAGCUAUACUAUUGUGUUGAAAGGUUUGUGCAGUACCGAGCGGUGGGUAGAUGCUGAGGAGCUGAUGUCUCGGAUGAUUCAACAAGGUUGUCUUCCGAAUCCUGUCACAUUCAAUACGAUCAUCAAUUUCUUGUGCAAAAAGGGAUUGGUGGAGCAGGCGAUUGAACUUCUUAAGCAGAUGUUAGUGAAUGGAUGCAAUCCUGACCUUAUUAGUUACAGCACGGUGAUUGAUGGACUUGGUAAAGCUGGCAAGACGGAGGAAGCAUUGGAGCUGUUAAAUGUCAUGAUCAAUAAAGGGAUCACACCAAAUGUGAUAACGUAUUCGUCAAUGGCUUUUGCUCUCGCUAGAGAAGGUAGAAUUGACAAGGUUAUUCAGAUGUUUGACAACAUCCAAGAUGCGACAAUAAGGUCUGAUGCAGUGCUCUACAAUGCUGUUAUUUCUUCGCUUUGCAAAAGGCGGGAAACAGAUCUUGCUAUUGAUUUUCUUGCUUACAUGGUUUCAAAUGGAUGCAUGCCCAAUGAAUCAACCUAUACUGCACUUAUUAAAGGUUUAGCUAGUGAGGGAUUAUUAUGUGAGGCACAAGAUUUGCUAAGUGAAUUGUGCUCCAGAAGAGCUGUAAGAAAGCAUUUGACGAGGCGUUUUGGCAUUGUAUGAACAAGUACUUACCGGCGUUACCAUCAGAUGCUUGUGGACUGAUGGGACUAUUUAUUCUGGCAUCGGCAGCAUGGAUUACUCUACUUGAAGCUUCAGCAGCUUAUGAUGGCUGGUUGGUGGUUAGCUGUUCCAACUUGUGAUGUGUGAGCAGCACUACAACCGGCGUUCCAAGCCAAAGGGUAACAGCAGGAGAGUCCUAGACAGAUUGGCCUUCCUUUAGGUUUGUUUACAUUGCUUUUUCCCGAUGUCAGGCUGGAAAGAGUCAUGUUAGUUAGAAAAAGAUGGGAGUCCUAGUACAAGUCUGUUAGGACCCAGCUAUCUAUAAAGCUUGGUGAUCAACUCUUUUGAGAUAUCGAAUAGUAGACACAGAAAAGGGAGUUUACUGUGCAGCCUUACCUCUCCCUUGGCGCAAUGGCUCUGAAGCCCAAACACCCUCGCCAUCAGCUACCACCUCGCACGACUACCCUCUCAGGAACUUAGCAUGUGACAAUUUGGUAUCAAACGGUCCGAACCUUGGCUCUGCAUCCGCUGCGAUGGGUUCUCAUCAUAUUUGAUGACAUGAAGAAUCUCCUGGAGGACACCAAGCUGAACCUCAAGCUCGAGAAGAUUAAGACAGACAUCAACGACCUUAAGGAGCAAGAAGCUAGCCAGAACAGACAAAACUGGAGUUCAGCAAGAUAAUGACACCAGCUCCCAGGAUGGUGAUCACGACAGGCAGCGCCAAGCCAAAAUUUCAAAAAUUGGAAUACCCAACCUAAAACGGCAAGGAGGAUCGCUGCCCUGGUUGACUCGUGUUGAGCAAUUUUUGAAAGGCCAUGGGAGAGAAGAUGACUGCAAAACUUGGCUAGCCUCGUAAUGUCUGACAAGCAAGGCGAUUCUAUGGUACCGCAAGCUGGAAACCGAGCGUGGAGGUGAACCCCCUUUGGGGCAACUUCACCAAUCACAAGCGUUUUGGACCAAGGACUCAACAGGCACAACUGUGCGGCAUAAAUAAAAAAUCUGCGGCAGCCCAGUUCAGUGGACAAACAUUAGGAUAUAUGCCUUACCCUUGUUGCUCGCUGCUGUGACCUUGCGGCUAUAAGGAGGCGUAAGGCGGUGCUCACUUCCACAACGGUGCUACACAUAUGGGACUUCACCAAGCCUUCCGUCAUUCAUUGCUAUGCCUCUGGAUCUGGAUAUUUUUUCCGAAAAGGGUUCAUCCUGAUUUUGAAUGUUUACAGUGCUUCGCUUUCUUAGGGCCACUUCAGGAAUUUUCUGAUCUCCAGGAUUUGAUGAGAAUCAUCAUUUCCUAAAAGAAAUCAAGAUGUGUGCCUGGUCUGGGCCUAGGGUCUGUAUUUGAACUGCAGGGGCCAAUGAGACAGUAAUUUUCUUUGUCCUUUCUUCGGAAAAGAAAGUAUUACUUUCCAACAUAUGCAAAUCGUCCUGUAUAUUUUGGUCGUUUCUUUCGGUACAUUUGCAAAUUAUGAACCUCUGGUUUUCAUGGUGGACUGUGCAAGAAGGCAUUGGUAAACCCAUGUUUUCUUCCCUUUAAUAGAACAGUUAUUACUAGGCUCGUUUUCUUUUCUUUAUGUGAGCUUCUUAAGUCAGUAAUUUAGUAUGCUUGAAUGUUACGAAUAUUUUUUUUUGUUAUGAAUAUAUAAAUGGUUACAUAUGCUUACUGAA